GAGGUUUAUGUGUCGCGCACCGGAAGUAAGGCGGGGUGACAUUUAGACUAGGACACAGGCAUGUGAACACACGCUGAAUAUUACACAGUCUUUGCUUUUCUGCACAUUUUCAACAGCUAAACAACAGCGAGAAAUGGCGGCGUGGGGUUGUCGAUUUCUUCAGAGAGGAACUCGUCUGAUUUAUCUCCGGGCAGCAGCACAAAGAUGUCCAUCGCAUCCCAGCCCCAUCCAAGCGGCAGGUUGUGUCCGGUCCAUGAAGACGACCACAUGGUUUGAAGAACACCUCACGGAAGAGAACCAACAGUUCAUGAGAAGGGAAGUGGCGGAGGAAUACAAGCAACAGACCGCUAACAAGCUUAACCCGCUAAAAGAUGAACCCUGGCCGCGACAUAAUUGGACGGAGGGAAGUCGAAGGGUUGGGUUGGUAGCUGUGAAGUUGGGCAUGGCUCCUCUCUGGACAAAAACAGGAAAGCGACUUGCCGUCACUAUGUUACAGGUUCAGGACUGUCAUGUAAUAAAGUGCCUGUCUAAAGAAGAACACGAUGGGCGCUCUGCUGCACUAAUUGUUGGCGGAAAAAAUGUAUCACCAUUCCACAGAUCCGAAACGGCAAUAGAGAUGUUCAAAAAUGCAGGAGUUCCUCCAAAACAGAAACUCAGCACCUUUCCAGUCUCGGACAACGCCAUCAUUAAGCCUGGGACUCCACUAUAUGCUGCACAUUUUCGUCCAGGCCAGUAUGUGGACGUGACUGCCAAAUCUAUUGGCAAAGGCUUUCAGGGCGUAAUGAAGCGCUGGGGAUUCAAAGGUCAGCCAGCCAGUCAUGGACAAACCAAAACACAUCGCAGACCAGGAGCUUCUGGACCUGGAGGCGAUCCAGGCAAAGUUUUCAAAGGGAAAAAGAUGCCUGGCAGAAUGGGGAACACCUUCAUCACAGCGUACGGACUGAAGGUGUGGCGCGUCAAUACCAAGCACAACGUGCUCUAUGUUAAUGGCUCCGUCCCCGGCCACAGGAACUGCUUACUGAAGGUGAGGGACACCUCUCGACCCACCGUCAAGUCCGCCGUCCACAGCCCCCCCUUCCCCACUUUCUUCACCGAGGAAGAAGUGGACCUUGAUGAAGACCUCUACGACGACGACAUGUUUGUUCACACAGAACCAUCCUUAUCUCUCACCUGAACACACACUUCAACUUCAUCAUGUUGUUGGCAACCCGAUAUAAAGCAACACUCAUUUAAACCUCA